AUGAGAAUCACUUCAAGGCUUUUAUCAUCUUUCCUACAUUUUCAUAACUCACCAAAAUGGCCGAAUGAUUUACGACAAGCCGUUGAGAAAUGCUGCUACGUCAAGCAGGAUUUCAUUUCGGAAGAAGAAGAAUCGACGCUUUUGGCCGAAGUUGAACCCCAUAUGAAGCGGUUGCGAUAUGAGAAAAGCCAUUGGGACGAUGUGGGUGCUUUUUAAACGUGGAAAAUUGAAACUUAAAAUAGAAAAAGAGAAAAAAAAUGGAGAAAAUAUAAUAAAAUCUUAAUUGGCGUAAUUUGAAAUGUCGGAUCCGCAGACACUCAGCUCUGCAGUCUGCGGCCAAAACUCGCAGCCACGACAAUCUUUUUUUAUCAGUUUUUUUUCCAAUUUAUUCUGUUUCUAUAUCUUUACUUAUUAUACCUUUUUGUCAAUUUAGCUCGAAAAAGCUAGAAUCAACGUAAGGUUUAUUGAAUUUCACUUCAUUUUCUUGUAAAAAUUUAUUACUCGAAAUAGAAAGUUUUUUUUUUCUAGUUUUGUUCUUCAGGCCAUUCAUCUGUACCGCGAAAGAGAGCAACGAAAAUGGCGUGACGAAAAUGAAAAAGUCAUUGAGAAAAUAAGGUAGAUAACUCGAAAUUUUGUCUGAAAACGUAUAUUUUUUAGGUGUGAAUCUUUUGGGCCGGAUGCCAAACAUUUGACGCAUGUUCAUAUUUUGGACCUUCAUAAGGAUGGUGUGAUUAAACCGCAUAUCGAUAGUGUUAGGGUUGGUUUUUUGUGCUUUUAUUAAGGAAAUUCUUUUACUUUGAAUCCCCGGCAUUUUUUUUUAAAUUCGGACAGAGAAACAUUUGAUGUUUCACUAGAAAGUUUUGAAGUAAUAUCUUCAAAAAGUUGGAAGUUUUAAAUUUUGUCUAAAAAAACCAGGUAACUUCAAAAAGAAUAUUCACAAGAAGUAGAAAGUUUUUUUAAAGAAUUUUUUUCGAGUUUUUUUGUAAUUUUUCAGUACUGCGGCGAUGUUAUCACCGGUCUGUCACUACUUUCCGAGGCAAUUAUGCGAUUGAGACAUAAAGAUGAUCGGGAAAACUUGGUCGUUGAUUUAUUGAUGCCGAGGAGAAGUCUGUAUCGAUUGGGGUAGGUUUUUCUUCAAAUUAAUGAGAUUUCCAGCAAUUUUAAAGUUUCAAGUGUCUUUCAAUUUCAAUUUAUUUAUUUUUCGCAACAUCGGAAUGGUAUGGUGAUGUUGCAGGGAGGGAAAAAGACCACUAAGUGGAUUAACUAACCCCACCUGUGAAGAAAAAAAAAAUCAAUUAUUUAAAGCUCAACUACAUAGUGAUCCCUAAAGGGGCAACCAUGGAGGCCCUUAAAAGCUCCCCUCAAGACACCACUUUACCUCCGCCUAUAGGGGCCACUGAAGCUUGCAAAAAUUUCAGUUAGUGGCCCCUAUAGUGGCAUUUUUCAUUUUUAGCGAGCUUGGCCGCUACGAUUUCCUACACGAAGUGCUCGGCGAUUCCGAAUCGGUUUGGAACGGGAGAAAGGUCGUUCCUCAACAUUGCUCAUGUUACCUCAUUUUUCAGGUGCCUCGAUAUAGGAGAAUCUCAAUUAUUUGUCGAGAUCUACCCAAACAGUGCAAUAUGGCGACAGAAAAUCUGGAACUCAAGCCGAUUCCUGAAUAA